GCGAGAUUAUUGCGUGUCCCUUCUCUUCCCUUUCUGCGCAUGCGCGCAGCCAGAACCAUCCCGGUCGCCGCCAUGAGCACCACGCUGGCCAAGAUCGCCGAGAUCGAGGCUGAGAUGGCCCGGACGCAGAAGAACAAGGCCACGGCGCACCACCUGGGCCUGCUCAAGGCCCGCCUGGCCAAGCUCCGCCGGGAGCUCAUCACCCCGAAGGGCGGCGGGGGAGGCGGGCCCGGAGAAGGGUUCGACGUGGCCAAGACGGGGGACGCGCGCAUCGGCUUCGUGGGCUUCCCGUCGGUGGGCAAGUCCACGCUGCUGAGCAACCUGGCCGGGGUCUACUCCGAGGUGGCCGCCUACGAGUUCACCACCCUCACCACCGUCCCCGGCGUCAUCCGCUACAAGGGCGCCAAGAUUCAGCUGCUGGACCUCCCGGGGAUCAUCGAGGGGGCGAAGGACGGGAAGGGCCGUGGGCGGCAGGUGAUCGCGGUGGCGCGGACGUGCAACCUGAUCCUGAUCGUGCUGGACGUGCUGAAGCCGCUCGCCCACAAGCGCCUGCUGGAGGCCGAGCUGGAGGGGUUCGGCAUCCGCCUCAACAGCCGGCCCCCCAACAUCGGGUUCAAGAAGAAGGACAAGGGCGGCAUCAACCUCACCGCCACGUGCCCGCAGAGCGAGCUGGACGCGGAGACGGUGAAGAGCAUCCUGGCCGAGUACAAGAUCCACAACGCGGACGUCACCCUCCGCUCGGACGUCACCGCCGACGACCUCAUUGACGUGGUCGAGGGGAACCGGGUGUACGUGCCGUGCCUGUACGUGUUGAACAAGAUCGACCAGAUCUCGCUGGAGGAGCUGGACAUCAUCUACCGGGUCCCCCACUGCGUCCCCAUCUCGGCCCACCACCGGUGGAACUUCGACGACCUCCUCGAGCGCAUCUGGGACUACCUCAGGCUCGUCCGCAUCUACACGAAGCCCAAGGGGCAGCUGCCGGACUACACGUCGCCGGUGGUCUUGCCGGACUCGCGGACGACGGUGGAGGACUUCUGCAUGAAGAUCCACAAGAACCUCAUCAAGGAGUUCAAGUAUGCGCUGGUGUGGGGCUCGUCCGUGAAGCACAACCCGCAGAAGGUGGGCAAGGACCACACCCUCGAGGACGAGGACGUCAUUCAGAUCGUCAAGAAGUAAACAACAACAACAACAACACGGCCGGCCGGCCAGCAAACAAAGAGACAAACAAAUAAACAAUAAUAAAACACAACCUGAUUUGAA